UAUUAUAUUAUAACGCAGAAACAUGUUCGUGAGUUACACUGAGACGUCGUACGCAUGCUCGAAAACGAGAAAAAUAUUAUGUGUACUCUUACAAUGAUAGUACAGUAAAACCCUUAUUAAGGGGCACUUUUUAAGGGAUACAUAAAAACUAAUUACGCUGCAUAGCACGGGGCUUUCCACUAGUAUUUAUAUAUACAAAAAAUGCAAAUGUAGUGGUGCACGAAUGCGUGGUAAAACCGUUUUUGCAGCACUUUACCGGCAUUGGGUAAUGGGCGCCACUAAUUUUGGAUCGAAGCAAUUUCUAUUCCUGUCAAUUUUUUUUUAUUGAAUGCAUGUGUAUACAUAACCAAAAUACAAAUUUUGUCGCAUUAUUAUGUAUUGCUUUCGGUUAAUUUAUUUUGUUAUGCAGGAUAUACAGUAUUAAAUUGAAUGUUGUUUCAGUAUAACCUAACAAAAGAGAUCAAUCAAACCAUUGUAAUUACCUUUUAUGUAUUCUAAAAUAAUACUUUUAUUCAGUAUCAUUAAAUAUUAUUAAAAUAAGAUAUGUUUUACCAUAUAUCAUUAGAACAUGAAAUUUUAUUACAUCCCAGAUAUUUUGGGCCUCAAUUAUUAGAUACCGUAAAACAAAAAUUAUAUACUGAAGUGGAAGGUACUUGCACAGGAAAAUAUGGUUUCGUAGUUGCUGUAACAACAAUAGAUAAUAUAGGUGCAGGAAUUAUACAGCCAGGGCAAGGUUUUGUAGUGUAUCCUGUAAAAUAUAAAGCUAUUGUGUUUAGACCAUUUAAAGGGGAGGUGUUAGAUGCUAUCGUAACACAAGUGAAUAAAGUUGGAAUGUUUGCUGAAAUAGGUCCACUUUCAUGUUUUAUUUCUCAUCACUCAAUCCCAGCAGAUAUGCAAUUUUGUCCAAAUGUAAAUCCACCAUGUUACAAAUCAAAAGAAGAGGAUGUAAUUAUUCAACCAGAUGAUGAAAUAAGACUGAAAAUUGUUGGUACCAGAGUCGAUGCUACAGGCAUUUUUGCCAUUGGAACAUUGAUGGAUGAUUAUUUAGGUCUUGUAUGCAACUAAAUAAAAUUAAUAUAUGUACUAUAUUUUUUGUACGGGAGCCUUUUAAAUUAAAUAAAUCAUACUUUUACAUAUUUACAUAAUGUUUCUGCUACUUAGUGUCAAUAUUUGAUCUAUCAAUUGCUUAUGCUAUCUAUUAUAUAAAAUCAAAAAAUAAAUUUAAAUAUUAGGAUAAUUAGUUUUCUGCAGUUAAAACUACAAAAGCUAUCAUUAAUUCAUAAAUAAACUUUAAAACAAUUUUUUUGCACAAAUUUCGUAUUUAUUACGUAGCAUAAUGAAUAUUCGAAUCUUUUAAAUUAAUCAAUAUUUACGAGAAGCAAAAAACUGAUGAUAAAGCUUGAUGAAAGAAAAAUA